GAGAGAGAGAGAGGGGGGAGAUAAAUCACUGUGACACAGAAACAGACUCCAACCGUCAACUACAGAGACACGUCAGGAUGACAGUUUGCCAUAUGUUGGGCAUUAAUCCUCGCAGCGUCCACUCUCUUUACUGCGCUGAGCACAGGAACAAAGAGCAGGAGCCUGAAAACCAAUCUUCAUCCAUGACCACACAGUUGUGAUGAUCGCCAGUUUGUGACGUCCUGAACCAAAAAACAUCGUAAAACACCUGAGGCUCCACCCACACAGUCAUUCCCAGGAAGUGAUCAGGAUCACCUGGAUCAGUGUCUGAGAACAAAGACACGUGGUGGAGUCGUCGUCAGUCACACUGCCACAUGAGCGACGGCAGGAGGAGAAAUAAUGUCAUUUAUCAGCACGGCGCCGCCUGACAGUGAUGUAUCUGUUACCGGGAUCUGCACUCAAACCAAACCACAGAGACGGAGGAAACAUCUGUGGAGGUCAGACAGAGGUCAGACGGAGGUCAGACAGAGGUCAGACGGAGGUCAGACGGAGGUCGAGGUGUUUUUGUGUCGCAGGGCGGAGCAGAUGUCGACAUCAGGCUCCGGUCCAAACUCACAGGUCAAAGCGCGUGGAAACAAACGUCAUCGUGCCAUUACGCACGCGUGGAGAGAGCGCGCGCUCCAGCGGCAGCCACAGAUCAUCGGAGGAGGAGGAGGAUGAAGAUGAAGACUCUGAAGUUUCGAAGGUCGUGAUGGAGGAUUAGGCUGCUGCUCUCCUUCAGUCCUUCCUUCCUUCCUUCCUUAUUCCCUCCGUCCUCCAGAGACAGAGAUGAUGGAGGACCGGGAGCCUCGGACCCGCAGACUCUCCAGUUUCACCUCCAGGUCCCGCGUCUCCAAGGAGACGAAGCUCCGGCUGCGCGUGAUCUUCCUGGAUGAGAGCGAGCGCACGUUCGAGGUGGAGCAUCAAGUGUUGGGCGGCAACUUCUUCAACAGAGUUUGUCUUCACCUGAAGCUGCUGGAGAAAGAAUAUUUUGGUCUGGAGUUCAGACACAACACUGGAAACUAUGUGUGGUUGGAGCUGCUGAAGCCGCUGAACAAACAGAUCAAAUACACCAGCGAUCUUUUCUUCAGGUUUAUCGUCAAGUUCUUUCCUCCUGACCCAGGACAACUGAAGCGAGGUCUCACAAGAUAUCUCUUUGCCUUACAGAUAAAGCAGGACUUGUCCAACGGCAGUCUGACCUGUAACGACAACAGCGCCGCCCUGCUGGUCGCUCACAUACUGCAGUCAGAGUUAGGCGACUAUGACGAGGAGCUGGUUUGUCACCAUCUAGAGAUGAAGCAGUACGUCCCCAACCAGGAAUAUUUAGACCACAAGAUCAUCAAGUUACACAAGAAACACAGGGGCGUGUCUCCGGCAGACUCGGACAUCCAGCUGCUGGAGGUGGCGAGGAAGCUGGACAUGUACGGGAUCAGGCCACACCCAGCUCACGACGGCGAGGGGAUGAGGAUCAACCUGGCGGUCACUCACUCUGGAGUUCUGGUCUUUCAGGGAAACACCAAAAUCAACACGUUCAGUUGGGCAAAAGUCCGCAAACUGAGCUUCAAACGCAAACAUUUUCUCAUCAAACUGCACGACAAAGUCGGGCCGUCGUGUAAGGACACACUGGAGUUUUCCAUGGCCAGUCGUGACGUGUGCAAGUCGUUCUGGAAGACGUGCGUGGAGUACCACGCCUUCUUCCGGCUGCCCGAGGAACCCAAGGCGGUUCACAAAACACUGCUGACCUGCAAAGGCUCCAGCUUCAGAUACAGUGGGCGGACGCAGAAGCAGCUGCUAGAGGGCAUGGGAUCGGGGGAGAAGAAGCCUUCACAUUGUGAGAGAGUUUAUUGUCCGUCAGAGUUUGACCCCAGACAGUUUCGCUCUUCUCCUGAUCUCCUCACAGACGUCUCUAAACAGAUGUACGAUCACACGUAUCCAUUCCCGUUGGCGACGCACAGUCAGGACGAGCUGGAUCCACAUCAGCGAAGUCUUGACGACUUUGAGUUCCGGAGGGGAGGGGCUAAACGCAGCCUAUCCUCUGUUGAGGUCACACAGAGGCCCAGCCCUCUCGCCCGGGUCACUCCCCUCUCUCCGUCCGUGCACCAGUCGACACCCUCCCCGAAGGCGAGAUCGGCUUCAACAUCCGUGAUGGACGACGUGAGAUGUGGACGCAUCGGGAUGCAGCGCCAAGCCCAGAGGUUAGCCGGGGUUUACGGCAAUCGAUCGCGACGUCGGGCCAAUCCUCAGCCACAUCCGGACGCGGGACAGCAGUUGGUUCUUCUUUACCCGAACACUCCCGCGUACCAGUAUCACCCCGUCCUCCCGACUUUCUCGUUAGCCGGUUCCUCGCCGCUCAACCGCCAUCCGUACAUGACGGACUACGUUGCCGUGUCUUCACUGGAGCGCUUCCCACAGCCAAGGAGGCAGGACUAUGUGACGGUCGAUAACUUAUAUCGUCCAAAAUUUUAUCCACUAAGCCAAGAUUCUCCGUCUGUUUCGCCAAUCAGGAGAAACCUCCGCCCCUCCGGUUCAGGCGGGUUAGCCAGGGUUUACCAGCCAGGAAGCAAUGGGGCAAGGUUCAUGAGCGUUGGUCACACAGAGGCGGGGCAUUACAGCGACGACUGCAAUUUCCUCCCGGGGUUACCUCGCCGCGUCGCCAGCCAACCAGAUGUCAAAUUCAACCUCGCAAGAAGUUCAAACCCGGGCUUUAGCGCUGCCUCCGAGUUCCGUCCCCUCGGUUACUACCCGCACUUGACACGCCCCUCCAGACCCACCUAUCUCCCACUUAACUCCUCCCCUCUGCCUGAACGCCCCACGUCCCUAUGCAUGAUUGGAGGCACCAGAGGGAGUUACAGCGACUCGGAUCCAGAGGUUUUCUACCCAUAUUACUGCCCGCCACCCCCGCUGGGGAAGAUGGUACGCUCUGGUGGACUAGCCAGGAUGAGGUUUUCCUCCGGGAGCCUCCAGCUGGAUGAGGAGGAAGAGGAGGACACGGAAGAGGAGGAGGAGGAUGAAGAUAACGCGGCAAAGGGAAGGACAAAAAAGUACACGAAGGGUGAUGAUGAGAAAAAAGAAAAGGCAGAAGCAAAAUGUCCUGCGAAGAUUACGGAGGUCACUCUGUAAAGGUUGGUAAAGAACCAACCUUUGUUUACACGCAGAAACAAUGAUUAUCUUUCUUUGUAUGUGUAAACAAAGGUAAGACGUUAAAACCGGACGGAUGGUUUUAAAAAUCACCUCCACCACUAGGCUGGAGAUUAAAUGUACGAUGGUUUGGUUUGGUUUUGUUUCGUUGCUGAUUUGUGCAGCAGAUGAAAUGUCAUGUUUGUUGCCUCAUUUUUGGAAACUAGUACCGGUUCAUCAAAAGCCAUUUUUGGGGAUUGAACCGUUUCUAGUGUCAGCACCAGCUAAGGUGUGCUGCAUUCCCUGCUGAGCAAACAAGGUUGACUCUUCAAAUGAGCCGUACUAGCCUUGGCUGUGUCACCUGUAAGCUGCUUUCAGACUAAGACAGAAGUAUCGGGAUGGGAGACAAGUGGACUUGCUUGAGCUUGAGUCCAGAUCUCUGUCGAGCCCCAUGUCCUCUCAUAUUCCUACAAUCGUUGAACAUACCAGAGAAGGUUCUCAGGUCAUUGUACCUUCCAGACUGUAGAUAGAAGGAACAGGACUUGCUUGAGCUGAUGUCUUUUCACCGCAGAAUCCAAGUCAAGGCUGUCGUCCUCGCAUAUUCCUACAGUCAUUGAAGACAAUUUGUUUCCGAUUGUGUCCAUGAAGGUUCUCAGGUUAUUGUAUCUUUAAAGAUGUAGAUGUAAGGAACUUGCCUUGCUUGAGAAAGGUCUAUAAGUUGUGGUGGACAUAUUCCGGAAUGUCUCCUCCCGGUGGACAACACAGCGGAGCAGUGGCUAGCACGUUGGAGAGUGAAUGGUUGUUUGUUCCUGUGCGGGAUUGGCUUGAUUUACAGUGCGUGAUUGUGCCGUCUUGCGUAUGGUCCUACCAGGUUCUUCCCUUCACCUGAAUGUUCUGGACGUUCGCCUGCUGUUGUUAAAACCAGACAGUGUCUAGAAGUUUCUAGACAUUUUCUCAAGGUCUGGUCUGAAAACAGCUUUGGAGAUCUGGUAGCUCUGAAAGCGUGGUCAUCCAGAAGUAGAUCAGAGUGGAAGUAUUUCUCCUCUGGUGGUUCUACAGGUACGAGAACUUGGUGCAAAAGGCCUGAUAAAGUAUUUUCCAUUGUCAAAUCAAAUGUGUCCACUGUGAAAACAACACUUUUAAAACUUUGAUAUGGUAUCUAGAGUGUUCCGUCGGUGUGGAAAUAUCGUGGGGUCUGAAAACGUUUUGGGUGAUCUCGUUGGACAAUGUGUUUAUUCGCUGGAUUUGUGAAUAAAUUCAA